AUGGCAGGGUUUAGUGAACGUUUCAUUCCGAACUUCGCGAGUAUUGUCCACCCUCUGCGGCAACAGCUUAAGGAGAACAUCUGGGCGUGGGACGAAAAGUGCCAAGAAGCAUUCACCAAGUUGCAAGCCUCGUUAAGCGAAUUUUCACUACUACACCAUUAUGUAAUCGGACAUGACACCGAACUAGUUGUAGACGCCAGUAUCACGGGUCUGGGGGGCAGUUCUUGUCCAGCGAGCAUCGAAGACUGA